AUGAACAAUUUUGCAUCUGGUGCCAUCCCAAACACCAGAGUGACGAUGAGGCCUAAUCUUACUGCUGGACUCUUCCUGAACGGUCGAUCCUCAACAUACGAACGGGGGGCUGACAUUACAUUCAACGAUAUGACGCUUAUUGAAACAUGCGGUGAAAAGGGAAAAGCAGACAAGAUUCCUCAACAUAGUACAAGUGAGAAUUCUAGCGGCCAAGAUGAUGUUUCAAAUAGCGGCCAUAUUUCGCGGAGCGCCACGGAACUCCCCAGAACCACAACAAAUGAUGAAGAGGGAGAAGUACAAAGCCUUGCGGAUGAUGGUUCCCAAGAGAAUCAACAGAACAAUAUUCAAAAGGAGGGGCCUGAGGCUCAUAGUGGCUCUGUAUCAUCGACAGAAACCACUCAAGCAUCUGACUAUGAGACCCCUGAAGCGAUGCUGAAGAGACUUAUCGAGACAGGCAUCUUCGAUGGCACAGGUAUUUUUAAAACAACUUCCCAUAGGACUAUGGAGCCAAAUAUUGAAUAUCACGAUUGCCUCGGCAUGAAUGGUACAGAACAAUCAAGCAAGAAUCCGACAUAUCAGGAUAAGGGGGUAAUGGCCGACCGCAGUUGGCAGUCAACUCUCGGACCAAACAUACAAGCUGUCACAAACAAUACACAAUUCGAUCUUAAUAGUGGCGCAAAAGAUGCACCAGUGCCAACUAAAGCAUCGCGCUCCCAAUAUGAACAGGAAUUGCCAGUUCCGAUCUGCAGCACCUCUACACAAGUUCAACCUCCAAAUCUGCCAACGUCGGUAAUUGAAAAUAAUACACACAAUAUUCCUGAGGAACCAUGCGUUAAACAACCCCAAGAAAGAGGCCAUCGUUAUACCGAGCAAAAUGAUCGGCCAGGGCUUAUGUUUCCAAACCUCAUAGCGGAGGAUUUCAAUGUUGAGCACUUAUACCACCAAGACUCCACAGAAAACAACGAAUCUCAGUCGAAGGGUUUGUUCGUUCGCCGAGGACUGCAGUCCCAUGAUAACAUGAUACCAAUUUCAGGGUCUCCAGGCUUUCAACAUGCAUGCCGGCCACUUAAUGAGCAUAUUAGCAGUGCAGGACUCUAUUCGGCCGUCUUCCCAACAGUGCACUCAGAGACCUACUCGGACCACCGAGAGAUACAGCAUGAUAACAGGCAACUUACACAGCCAGGCUACUGCGAAGACGGUGAGACAAUUCACGAAUUCAUCAAACGGAUCGAAGGCGAGAGGAAUGUGCCAAAAGCGAGUCAUUCGAAAUGGACAGCAACGAGGAUUUAUCGCAAUGCAGCGAUAUAG